GGGCGGGGAAGGGGAGGAAGAGAAGAGAUAGAGGUCUCCAUUCUACUGUUUCUCUUCACGCGGGAGCGGCUUCUCGGCUAGGGAUCCAGGUUUUGUGUUGGAUUUUGGAAGCGUUUCCGGUGUUUAGUUUUUGUUUGUUUGUUUUUAAACCGACCUCGCCGCGUUCUUUUCGUUCUCCGCUUCUCUUUCUCGUUCUCUCGAUCUAGGGGUGGUUUUGUGGAGUUAAGGGGGUUGAUUUCUGGGGCACAUUACUGCUCGUAGCUUUAGGUUUGGUGUAAGGGGUUGUGGCUGGAGGAGAGCUAGGGUUAGGGCUUUUUUAUCUUAUCUAUUGAGAGUUGGGUGAGUGGGCUUGUGUUAUUCGUUUAUUAAUUUAGGUUUUGGGGUUUCUGGUGAAAGCUAGGGUUUUGCUGCGGACUUUUAGGUUUUUCUGAUGAAUCUUAGACCUCUGAUAGGAGGUGGGCGUAUUGAUUCGGUCUGCAAUGGGAUACUGAUAAAGCUAGUGAAAAGAAGAAAGACAGAGCUUGGGCGACUUAUUUUGGUGGAAAAUUUGAAUUGAGUACCAUCAACGUCCAGAAAUUAUAAAAAUCCGCCGAGAAGUUUUGAAAUUUAUAUUUUACAAAGAUAUUCAUUAUGGUUCGGAAGAAGGGAUUCUGUGGCAUGGUGGUCAUGUAAAAGUUUGAUUGUCUUAACCCUCGGAGAAAAAAUUGUUUAUGUUACAUUGCACCAAGGUAAAGCAUUGAAGAAAAAGCUUGUGAUUUUUGAAUCCAAUGAUGGGGAAAACGCAGAAGUUCUCAAAGGCAUACUCUUCGGGCUUUGUACCAGACUACCGGCAUGCAGUUGAGACGGUUGGUGAGUCAGAAGGGUUUGGUAGCUCGGGCCGUGCUGACUCGGAUGACUUUUCUGCUCCUAAAAGGAAGUGUAUAAGCUUAAGUAUGGAAAAGUGUGAUGGCUUCAAUGUCCCAUUGGAAGUAAUUUCUCUGUCCAAGUUGUCUAUUUCACAGAGGAAGGAGUUGGAGAUUAGAUUGAGAGGAGAGCUUGAGCAGUUUCGGUUAUUCAAGAGGAAAAUACUCUCUAAGAGUAUAACAGGUGCUAAUGGGGUUGUCAACUCGUCCUCCAGUGAUCGGCGUGUGAAGAAACAGGAUAUUGUGCAUCAUAAUGGUCCACAAUUGAAGCAUGGGAACUCGGGAAAGUUUGAAUCUGCUAAGCAGGGUCUACCGCCUCCUAUCAGCAACUCAUAUGCCAUGUUGAUGAAACAGUGCGAGGCACUUCUGAAGCGCUUGAUGGCACACCAGUAUGGAUGGGUAUUUAAUACUCCUGUUGAUGUGGUGAAGUUGAACCUCCCAGAUUAUUUCCAAAUUAUUAAGCAUCCAAUGGAUUUGGGAACAAUUAAGCGUAAGAUAGCUUCAGGUGCUUAUUCUAGCCUGUGGGGUUUUGUGUCAGACGUGAGGCUCACAUUCACCAAUGCCAUGACCUAUAAUCCACCUGGUAAUGAUGUACAUAUCAUGGCAGAUGUCAUGAGUAAGUUCUUUGAAACAAGAUGGAAACCUGUUGAAAAGAAACUGGCUGCAGCUGAUGCAGCUGUUAAAAGAGAAACAGAAGCUGCCAGGCCAAUGAUGCAGCUGAAGAAGAGAAAAGCAUCUCCUGUGAAUCACAAUAUUGUUGUGCCUCAGACUGUUAAACCAAAGUUGACAGACGAGGAGAAGCAGAAUUUGGGUAGGCGCCUAGAAACUGGGGAGCUUCCAGAACACAUCAUUGAUUUUUUGAGGAGCCAUGCUGGCAAUGCAAAUCAAACAGACGAGGAUGAGAUGGAGAUUGAUAUUGAUUCCUUUGGCGAGGAUAGUCUGUUCGAAUUAAAGAAGCUUCUGGAUGAUCAUUUGCGAGAGAAACAGACCGGGCAGCAAGCAAAAGCUGAGCCUUGUGAAAUGGAGAUUCUAAAUGUAUCUGGACUUAGUAAUUCUACAAUGCAUCCCUGCCAAGGAAAUGAGCCAGCUGAUGAAGAUGUGGAUAUUGGUGGCAAUGACCCUCCUAUUUCAAGCUAUCCUCCGGUGGUGAUAGAGAAAGAUACAGCACUUAGAAACAGCAAGUGUGGUAGUUCAAGCAGUUCUAUUAGUGACUCAGGGUCAUCUUCCAGUGAUUCAGACACUGGUAGUUCUUCAGGAAGUGAAUCAGAUGUAAAAGUUGCUAAUCCUACAAAGGGAAAUGUACGAUCUGGGGCAUCUCUGGACCAAGAAAAAAGUGAUAUCUUAGACCUGCUAGAUGCCAACAGAUCUUCUAAUAGGUUACAUCAACUAGAACAGGAUGUGCAUGCUGUACCUGCAUCUGGCGAGGUAAAUAGCCAGCAAGAGGGGGAGAAUGCUCCAUCGCAGAGGCAAGUCUCCCCUGAAAAGCUCUAUCGAGCAGCUUUAUUGAGAAAUCGCUUUGCUGAUACAAUCCUCAAAGCUCGUGAGAAGACCCUUGACCAGGGUGAGAAGAGGGAUCCAGAGAUGCUUCGGCUGGAGAGGGAGGAGCUUGAGAGGCAAAAAAGGGAAGAGAAAGCUAGGCUGCAAGCAGAAGCUAAGGCUGCCGAAGAAGCUCGAAAGCAAGCUGAAGCAGAAGCUGCAGCAGAAGCUAAGCGCAAACGUGAACUCGAGAGAGAAGCAGCACGUCAGGCCUUGCUUCAGAUGGAGAAGACUGCCGAGAUCGAUGAGAACAAUCUAUUUCUAAAAGAUCUAGAGAUGCUUAGAACUGUUCCAGCUGAGCAUGUACCUAGUUCUGUUGGUGAGACAAGCCCUACUCACACGCAGGAGGGUUUGGGCUGUAUUAAACUUGGGGGCACUAACGCUUUAGAACAACUUGGGUUGUACAUGAAAGUUGAUGAUGAAGAGGAGGAAGACGGUGAGUCAAGGAGUAUACCUGUUAAUGAUGUUGAGGAAGGAGAAAUUGAUUGACCAUUUUUGCCUCUUCCAACUACUUAUACGCCCAUGGACUGAUUAAUCUCCACAAUAUUCUACUGAUGAGGCAGACUGGGCCCACAUGCAUCCUGAAUACAGUUUUUCUAUUUGGUCAAAGCCAACCACCAUCAAGACUGCCAUGGUUUCAUUGCCGAGCAGGCUACUAAGGGCGUGCUUCAUUGGUUUCUGACAUUCUGUUUUGGUUUCUUGCUUGUAAUUUAAGUGACCUUCAGUUUUGAAGUUGAGAAGCAGGUUGGUCCCAUCGGGAAGCUUGUAUAGUUUAUGUGAGGGAAGUAUGGACUAGUUAUGAUAGGAUGCUGUCGCCAUCAGUUGGAAAUUGGUGAUUGAUUGCAGCCCAGUCUGACGCUGAUGCUGCUGACUCAAAAUAGGUGAUAUUUAUGUGCUGAAUUGAGGCAUCAAAUUAUAUUCCAUGCUGCCUAUUACAAUUUGGGAGCUGUAGGAGGUUUUGUAGAUUGCUGUUGAUAUUGACUGUUUUUAUGCUUUUGCUCCCCAUAACUGUACAAAGACAGCUGAUAGAUAAAAACAAAGUUCGUUCAUUCUUAUUGCAGUUAUGAUCCUCAUA